AUGGUCACUCCACAAAACGGCACCGAGACGGUCGACUCGGUCCGUGAUAGCCCGACCAACCAAGAAGUAGCCCAAUCCCGUAUGAGUCUUGGCCCCAGUCCGGCAAGUGUCUCUUGA